AUGGAGGCGGACGCCGGGGACUACCGCUGCACGGCCAAGAACAGCCUAGGCUCCGCCCAUCACACCAUCAAAGUCAACGUCAAAGUGCCCAGGAACCUCAUCCUGGCCCCGAAGGAGACGGGCAUCCUCACCUGCAGAGUCAGUGGAGACCCCAAGCCCCAAAUCGCCUGGUCCGUCAACGGAGUCCCCAUCAAAGACUCUCCAAAGGACACGAGUCGGAAGGUGGAGGACGACACAGUGAUUCUGAGCGACGUCCAGACCGGCUCCAGCGCUGUCUACCAGUGCAACGCCUCCAAUGAGUUUGGCUACCUGCUGGCUAAUGCUUUUGUCAAUGUGCUCGCCGAAGCACCAAGGGUGCUGACUCCCCCCAACAAUGUGUACCAGGUCAUCACCAACAAUCCUGCUUUCCUGGACUGUGCUUCGUUUGGCUCGCCCAUACCAACCAUCACAUGGUUUAAGGACAGCCAGACCAGUAUCCUGAAUAGAGACCCAUAUGUGAUCCAUAAUAACGGUACCUUAGAGAUCAACGUAGCCCAGUCCCUGAACAGUGGCAAGUACACCUGUAUAGCCUCCAACAACCUGGGAACCAGGGAGAACCAUGUCUACUUGGAGGUCAAAGAGCCGACGAGGAUCCUGGCCCAGCCAGAGUACAUGGUGGUCCAGAGGAACAGGAAGGCAGUGUUUGAGUGUAAAGUUAAACACGACCCCACCCUCAUCCCCACCAUGAACUGGCUCAAAGACAAUGGAGAGCUGCCUGACGACGAGAGGUUCUUGGUGGACACUGACAGUCUGACCAUCAACGAAGUGACAGAGGAGGACGAGGGAACCUACACCUGUGUCAUGAACACCACCCUGGACCAGGACUCAGCUAGCGCCAUGCUCACCGUCGUUGAGGCUACUCCAACUCCUGCUAUUGUCUACGAGGAACCAGACCCUCCUACAGACCUGGAGCUGACUGACCAGAGAGAGAGGAGCGUCCAGCUCACCUGGAUACCUGGAGACGAACACAACAGCCCCACACAGAAGUUCCUAGUCCAGUAUGAAGACCUGCUCCACCAGGCUGGGGUGUGGCACAACCUGACAGAGGAGGAGGGCACCAAGACCACGGCCCACCUGGACCUGUCCCCCUACGCCUACUACUCCUUCAGGGUUCUGGCUGUGAACCAUGUGGGCUACAGCCAGCCCAGCCAGCCCUCCAGACAGUACAGGACCAACCCUGCAGCUCCAGAUGUGAAUCCAACAGAUGUCCAUGGUGUUGGAACUGAACAUAAUAACUUAGUCAUCUCAUGGAAGGAGCUGACAGGCAUCCAGUCCAAUGGACCAGGACUACAGUACAAGGUGAACUGGAGACAGAAGGAUGUGGAGGAGGACUGGUUGUCUGAGACCGUGGCUAACGUCUCCAAGUAUGUGGUGUCAGGCACGCCCACUGCACCCUAUGAGGUCAAAGUUCAGGCGGUGAACGACUAUGGAAACGGACCAGCGCCUGAGGCGGUGGUGGGGUAUUCUGGAGAGGACGUGCCCAUGUCAGCCCCAGAGAGUGUCCAGGUGCUGGUUCAGAACGGGACGCUAGCAGAGGUUCACUGGGAGCCUGUCCUCACCUCCAUGGUCAGGGGACGACUCCAGGGCUACAAGGUGUCCUACUGGCGUGAGCGUAGCCUCCACCAGGCAGAGGCUCAGCAGGAGGAGCAGCAGGUGUUGCUCUUCAGUGGGAACAGGACUGACGGCAGACUACCAGGCCUCAGACCCUACAGCCUCUAUACACUGAACAUCAGGGUGGCCAACGGCAAGGGAGAGGGGCCCCCCAGCCCCAACCACAACUUUGAGACCCCAGAGGGAGUCCCCUGGUCCUCCUUCCUUCUUGCGUAUAAAGAACACCGACAUGGACUCUCUGACGCUGGAGUGGGGUCCUCCACAGGACAACAAUGGUCGCCACCGGCUACACACUCAAAUACCAGCCAGAUGAUGUUCCCAGCCAAUGAGACCACCGUAAUCCUGGCCGACCUCAAGUACAGCACCCGCUAUAAGUUCUACUUCAACGCUAAGACCAUCAAGGGCUCCUGCCCAACCAUCACAGAGGAGGCUGUCACUAUCAUGGAUGAAG